AUGCUUUUGUCGGUUAGAUCUUUCUUCAGUCUCACCAAACAACCCCACACAUCGACCGCUGGAGCUCUAAAACAAAGGGCACAUUCAAACCCGACAGACGAGGUUGAUCCUCCUCCAGAAGUCAAGGUCACCAAACCAGAUUUGGAACAGUUCAAACCUCAAUCAUGCCACUGCGGUCAUCAACAACCUGAAUUUUGUCCAUAUUGUGAAUAUGACCUUUCGAUUCAAGUGGAAAGAGCCAUUUCUUUAGUAAAUGGGACACGCCCGGAUAUUGGUGAACCGACCAAUUAUGCCCAGAUGGAUGGGGCAGACGGCCCUCCUAGACGUCGAAAGUUACGCAAAACAAAAUCUGUUUACUCACGAUUAGAUUUUGCAAAGUUAGACAACAAGACAAGCAUCGCAAUGCGUCCAAAUUCGAUGGUUUCCAAUAAUUCAAGGACACCUCUGCUCGAUGACGAACAACCAUCAAAAUCAUAUUAUCCUACACUUCCAUCAGAGCGUAAAACUCCAAACAAGUUGGAAAAACGAGGACGUCCACGCACUGGCUCUCUACCCACCAUGCGACACUCCACAUUAAGUGAUAUAUCGAACAAUUUUACCCCGCAGCGUCCCAUUAAAACCGUAAAAUCAAAAUCAUUCCUAAAUUCCAGAGCUAUCCGUUCGUUUGGGCCGCGCCCAAAUCCCAUAUCAAAGAGCAUUGAAACCGACGCUUUGGUUGCUCUUGCAUGGACUGGGCAAGCAUUAUCCACAUCUUCCCCAUUUCCUACACCUGGUUCGAAUAGCUCUUAUUCGCCGUGUUCUGGAUCGAGUUCCUUCUUGCUUUCUGCCACUUCAUCCAUCUCUGAGAAUCAGUUAUAUCCCUCCACCAACUUGUUGUCGCCGGGUCUCACUGAUGACAAGCGUCGGUCCGUUCUUCGUAAACCAAAAGACCCCAACGAUGCCAAGCUUGCUCCCAGACCCUGGACCCUUGCAAUGGUAAUAACCGAUGAUGGUGUCACAGAUGAAAGACUUGUGAAAGACUUAGAGCAAAUGCGAAUCAAAGACCCGUCCAUUGACACAUCAAUUAUACCCGACAGAUACCCUUUUCCUGAACGUUUCUUUGCGGACUAUCAAACGCAACUCUACGACUCAUUAGCGGAAUACCCGCUUCAAUCUGGAGAAGCAAUACCAGAUCCUAUUUCUCCAUCUGAUGCGUCCUGGACAUCUGCCCGUCAGGCGUUACUGUUAUGCCGUGAAUUGGUUCGUACGGAGCGUCGGUAUGUGUCAUCUCUGAAGGUCUUGAUUACAAAUGGAACAAGUACACCUCCCCCAUCACAAAUGCUCCCUUAUUUGCCUAGUCUAAUCUCAGCAAGCGAAUCUCUUCUGGUCCUCAUGGAGGAAAACCCCAGUGUACAAGGCGUAUCCCAGGCAUUCUUGGCUUGUAAUAAUCAAUUAGCAGAAGCUUUUAUCAACUGGUGCGGCAUUGUUGGCCAGUUUUUCGACUCUGAUGAUGGCGUUAAGAAUAAAGGCAACCUAGAGGAUACUGCAGAUAUUCAUAAAAACUUUGUGCAACCCCCUAUAUCACCUCGACGAGUCCUUUCUGUAGAAAGCGUACUACCAAUUGUUGUUACGGAACCCAACAAGAUACGUAAAAACACCAAGGCAAGGCCUAGCGUUCGCGACCUGGCAAUUUUACCAACACAGCGUAUCAUGCGCUACGUAUUGUUAUUCAAAGAACUUCGAGCCCUUACACCGGCGUCAUAUACCUCGUCUUCCUUUGUCCAACUUGCGGUUCAAGCUGCCGAAUCGAUAGCUCAGUCAGCUGAUGAGGCUCAACGGCAUACAUCCUUCUCCCAAGGCCCGUUACUCCAAUCUGAGCAUGAUUGGCCGUCUCUUUUCGAAUCUCCUUCGCUCCAAUCCCAUGACCAAAUUCUGUAUACCUAG